CGGGACGGCGGCGCAGGCGCAGUCUCUCCGGGACCUUGACGCGGCUGCCUGGCCGGGCGGGUAAAUAACAGAUGCGGGUGAAAGAUCCAACCAAACCUUUACCUGAGAAAGCCAAAAGAAGCAAAAAGCCUACUAUACCUCAUGAUGAAGACUCUUCGGAUGACAUUACAGGUUUAACUUGCCAACAUGUAAGUCAUGCUGUCGGCGUGAACCAUGUGAAGAGAGCAGUGGCUGAGAAUGUGUGGUCCGUUUGCUCAGAAUGUUUGAAAGAAAGAAGGUUCUACGAUGGGCAGCCACUGCUUCCUUCUGACAUUUGGUUAUGCCUCAAGUGUGGCUUCCAGGGAUGUGGUGAAAGCUCAGAAAGCCAGCAUUCACUGAAGCACUCCAGGAGUUCCCGGACAGAGCCCCACUGUAUAGUAAUUAGUCUCAGCACAUGGAUUAUAUGGUGUUAUGAGUGUAAUGAAAAAUUAUCAACGCAUUGUAAUAAGAAGGUUUUGGCUCAGAUAGUUGAUUUUCUCCAGAAACAUGUUUCCAAAACACAAACAAAUACAUUUUCCAAAAUCAUGAAAGUUGGCGAAGGAAAAUGUGAAAUAGAUAAAAUAAAGAGGGGAAGAAAAGGCAGCUGUCUACCAUCUGUAAAGGGAAUUACAAAUUUAGGAAAUACAUGCUUUUUUAAUGCAAUCAUGCAGAAUUUGGCACAUACUUACAUUCUUAAGGAACUGAUGAAUGAGAUCAAAGAAAAUAAUACAAAACUCAAGAUUUUUCCUCCCUCAGACUCUCAGCUGGACCCAUUAGUGGUGGAACUUUCAAGCCCUGGACCACUGACCUCAGCCUUGUUCCUGUUUCUUCACAGCAUGGAAACUGGGAAAGGACCACUUUCUCCUACAGUUCUUUUUAAUCAGCUUUGUCAGAAGAUGAUGGCUGAGUUAACUAUCAUUAACUUUGUCUUCCAGAGAAUACAAGUUAGCAUUCUAAAAGCAUUUAACAACCCAACUACUAAAACUGCUGAUGAUGAAACUAGAAAAAAAGUUAAAGCAUAUGGAAAAGAAGGCAUGAAAAUGAACUUCAUAGAUCGGAUCUUUAUUGGCGAAUUAACUAGCACAGUCAUGUGUGAAGAAUGUGCAAAUAUCUCCACAGUGAAAGAUCCUUUCAUUGAUAUUUCACUUCCUAUAAUAGAAGAAAGGGCUUCAAAACCUUUACCUUUGGGAAGAAUGAGAUCCAGGAGUUUCCAGGAGCCAGAUCAUGACCAGUGCGGUGCCACUGUUACCAUAGAAAAUAGUGAUCAGCCCAAAACCACCAAAAAGCACUCCUCUAAAGAUAAGAAUCAACUAAUUCGUAACCGAAAACACAGAAGAAAAUCUUCAUCUGUAGAAGAGAAAACCAUUGUCAUAUACCGGAAAAAUGAAAACCUUGAAAUGAAUGAGGAUUCUCUAAUCAUUACAAGCAUCAAGAAUACUGAGUCACCCCCAAAUGAAAGCCCCUUGGAUGGCAGUGAAAAAGAAGCCAGCCUUUCUGAAAGCAGUAUUGAUGCUGAUAGUGAAGCUUCAGAGUCUGAAAGUGCUUCUAGGCAGACCAGGCUGUUCAGAUCCAGUUGUGGAGCCCGUGUGCACACAGGUGGACACCUUUGCCAUCCGUCAGUUGGGGAACUGCCACAUAUUAAUGAGACUGACAGUGCUGAUGACAUGGUGGCUGAGGCUGUUUCUCAACUUCAUUUGAGCAGCACUGUAACUGGAGACAGAGAUUUUGACACAGAAAAUCAGCCACUAAGUAUCUUGAAUAACUUAUGUUCAGAGGAAAAGCAUUUGCGGUUUCACAGUCCCCAAGAUGCUUUCCAGACCCUUUCUCAGAGCUAUGUAACUACUUCUAAAGAAUGUUCAGUUCAGUCCUGUCUCUAUCAGUUUACAUCGAUGGAAUUACUAAUAGGGAAUAAUAAGCUUCUAUGUGAGAAUUGUACUGAAAAGAAACAGAAAUACCAAAAAGAAACAAGUUCUGCAGAAAGGAAAGCAGAAGGAGUUUAUACUAAUGCCAGGAAGCAAUUGCUAAUUUCUGCUGUCCCAGCCAUCCUAAUUCUGCAUCUUAAAAGAUUCCACCAGGCUGGCCUGAGUCUUCGUAAAGUAAACAGACAUGUCGAUUUUCCACUUAUGCUAGAUUUAGCACCAUUCUGUUCUGCUACUUGUAAGAAUGCAAAUGUGGGGGAGAAAGUUCUGUAUGGUCUCUAUGGUAUAGUGGAACACACUGGCUCAAUGAGAGGAGGUCACUACACUGCUUAUGUGAAAGUGAGAACACCCUCCAGGAAAUUAUUGGAACAUAUCACUGGAAAGAAAAAUGUGUUUGGUUUGAAAGAACCUGGUACUGAAUCCGCAGGCCACUGGGUCCAUGUUAGUGACGCCUCCGUGCAAGUGGUUCCGGAAUCAAGAGCGCUCGGUGCACAAGCUUACCUUCUUUUUUAUGAAAGACUAUUGUGAUUAUUAACGGCAGUAAUUAUUUAGGUCAUUUAUUUGAAUGCGCAGUGAUGCCCAUAAUCUAUGUACAUAUAAUGUGCCUUUGUCCUCUCCUCUCUUCUGUAGGAAUAGCCGGUCCCUCAAAUGCUUCUGAACUUUUCACCAUUUCGGUGAACCCUUUUAAAGUAAAUUUACUCAA